CGUAAGGAGGUUUCUAAUGACCCUUAGAAUUAGGGAAGAUAACGGAGGCGCAUUCUCCAGGGAAAGGCGAUUGCCUCGGAGAAGAGCGGCGAGGCCCUGGUCUCGUUUUAUGUAGGGGAUCCCAAAUGCUGCCCAACACUUUGCUUGCCGGUUUCCAUGGCUCUCACAUUCCCAGACCAGUCCUUCCUGGAAAAGACCAACCAAGGGUUUCCCUUACCCCUGUCUUUCAAGGGUUGUGUAUAUUUUAAAAGGGUGAGCCCUUCCCUCAUUAGAGAGCUGGAUGAGGUGCCGUAUUCAGACAGACCAUUCUGGGGAUCCCGUCCUCUGUGGCCAUCUGCCUCCCUGGACUCUGCUGUGCAUGCAGAGUCAGGCACAUAUGGCAAGAUGCUAGGCACUCCAGGCUGGGAGGAUUAAUUUUUAAUGUUUAUGUAAGACAGAAGAAAAGGAUGUCAUUCCGUAAAGUAACCAUCAUCAUCUGGGCCCUGGCCGUCAUUCUCUUCCUACUGGCUUUGCACCAUAACUUCCUCAGCUUGAGCAGUUUGUUAAGGAAUGACGUUUCAGAUUCAGGAAUUGUGGGGCUUCAGCCCAUAGACUUUACCGCAAAUUUUCAUCAACAUCCAGUAAAUGAGAGACAAGAAGAGAUUCCCGUGGUUAUUGCUGCCUCUGAAGAUAGGCUGGGUGGGACCAUUGCAGCCAUAAAUAGCAUUCAUCAAAACACUCGCUCUAAUGUAAUUUUUUACAUUGUUACAUUCAAUAGAACAGCGGACCAUCUCAGGUCCUGGCUUAACAGUGGUUCCCUGAAAAGCAUCAGGUACAAAAUUGUAAAUUUUGACACUAAACUUUUGGAAGGGAAAGUAAAGGAGGAUCCUGACCAGGGGGAGUCCAUGAAACCAUUAACUUUUGCAAGGUUCUACUUGCCAAUUCUGGUUCCCAGUGCAAAGAAGGCCAUUUACAUGGAUGACGAUGUAAUUGUACAAGGUGAUAUACUUGCCUUAUACAAUACCCCACUGAAGCCAGGACAUGCUGCUGCAUUUUCAGAAGACUGUGACUCAGCUUCUACUAAAGUCAUGAUCCGUGGAGCAGGGAACCAGUACAAUUACAUUGGUUAUCUUGACUAUAAAAAGGAAAGAAUUCGUAAGCUAUCCAUGAAAGCCAGCACCUGCUCCUUUAAUCCUGGAGUUUUUGUUGCCAACUUGACUGAGUGGAAAAGACAGAAUGUAACUAACCAGCUGGAAAAAUGGAUGAAGCUCAAUGUAGAAGAGGGACUGUACAGCAGAACCCUGGCUGGCAGCAUCACCACACCUCCUCUGCUUAUCGUAUUUUAUCAGCAGCAUUCCACCAUUGACCCUAUGUGGAAUGUCCGCCACCUUGGUUCCAGUGCUGGAAAACGGUAUUCACCCCAGUUUGUAAAGGCUGCCAAGUUACUUCACUGGAAUGGUCACUUCAAGCCUUGGGGAAGAGCUGCUUCAUAUGCUGACGUUUGGGAGAAAUGGUAUAUUCCAGACCCAACAGGCAAAUUUAGUUUAAUCCGAAGACAUAUGGAUACCUCAAACAUAAAGUGAACUACAAUCUAAGCUAAACAUGACACUCAGGAAAUCCUGGAAGACACACUAUGUGGGAAGAUAACAGUUGUAGGGCUUGAGAGUCUUCUCUGUACCAACCACAGAAAACAUGUCAGCUGGGUAGAGAUCACAGAUCUCCAGAUGACUACCAAUGUCUCCAUCUGCCUUACCAAAUGUUUGCUUACUUACUAUACUGCUGACUGACCUGAAGGACAGAAUGAGGACACCAGCCUAAGUUCAUUAAGCUGCUGUAGGUAGGAACUGCUGUUUGGUUUUAGUUUUGUAACCUGUGGCCUGGUUUGUAAAUAAAAUAAAACUUUCCAAUAGA